AGAGGACACAAUUGUGCAACGAUACAGAGAGCAGCUUGUCCUGAGAGGAGUUUCUACAGAGGGCAGAAUGAGGAAACACUGCAGGUGAAGAAGUCCUCUGAGUUUGGAACGACACAGGAAGAUACCAACAACAACAACUGGGAUUAAAUUCUGCUAAAUGAUGAGUUAUUGUCAGAGGGAUCCUGAUCAUCUCCAUGGAUUUAUUAUCUCAAAGUGUCUUCUCAACCAGAGGAACCACACCAGACCCACAGUCACACAGUGAUGCUGGCCAUGCAGCAUUACAACUCCUCCGGCGUUACCGCCACCUUCCCCCUCUCCAACCAAACCCCCACGAUGCAGGCGUCGGUGGUUGAGGCUGUGGCAUGUAACGCCACCGGCUCGGCGAACAACCCGACAGCCGCCGGUCUCAGCAUGACUCUGGGCAUCCUGUUCAACGUGGUGGCCCUCAUCAUCCUCGCCAAGGCCUAUAGUCGCUACCGGCGGCGGUCCAAGGCGACGUUCCUGCUCUUUGCCAGCUCGUUGGUGGCGACAGAUUUAGCCGGACAUGUGAUCCCUGGAGCUCUGGUGCUGAGGCGGUACUCGGUGCACACAGAGGGGUCCACAGUUGAUCCUGUUUCCAGAUUUCAAGGUGACCCGGAUAACCCAGAUGCAUCUUGUUUGUUUCUGGGUAGUUGCAUGGUGUUCUUUGGACUCUGCCCUCUUUUCUUGGGUUGUGCCAUGGCUGCCGAGCGCUGCCUUGGCAUCACCAAGCCUUUGCUUCACGCUCGUUUAGUGACCACAGCUCGGACUAAGAUGGCCCUCGCCCUGAUCUGGCUGCUAGCUCUAUGUGUGGCCCUCCUACCUAACUUCAGCCUGGGGGCCUACACCUACCAGUUCCCGUGGACGUGGUGCUUUAUAAAGGUGGUGGAGGGCACCACAGCCACAGAUCUGGCCUUCGUGAUGGUGUUCUCCGGACUGGCUUUGAGCUCUUUGGCCUCGGCCUUUGUGUGCAACACCAUCAGUGGCAUCACGUUGAUAAGAGCCCGGCUAAAAAAGAAAAAGUCCUGCUCCCAUCGCAGCUCCACCGGGUCCCAGGACACGGAGAUGGUGGUGCAGCUGGUCGGCAUCAUGGUCACCUCCUGCAUCUGCUGGAGCCCUCUGCUGGUUUUUGCACUGAUGUCCGCCUCAAGGUCGUACAGUGGCAUGUCAGGCAGUGAGAGAGACACUUACAGGGGGCUGAUGGUGACCGGUGUCAGGAUGGCCACCUGUAACCAGAUCCUCGACCCGUGGGUUUACAUCCUGCUGCGACGCGCCGUUCUCAGGAAAAUCUACCGGAUCACCAAAAGAAGGGCCAGUUUCAAGGGGAGCACUUUCCGCUCUGUGCGCUGGGAUAUCAGCUCCUUCCAGAACUCAGAGAAGAGCAGCGUUCAGAACAUUUAAAUGGACUUCUUCACCUGAUGUGGCCCAGCACCUUUUCCCCCUUCCUGUUUGAAAGCAAACUUCUUCUGGUUUAGCACUAGCAGUUUUGUAAACAACUCGUUAUAUUUGGGAACAUUUACAGCUAUAGAGUGGCGAUGCAGGCCAACACAACCAUCAUCCAUACGUGGCAGGCAGUAUUUCAUAUGAAAAGGUCCAGAAAAUCUCAUAUGAGGACAUUUUUUACAACUCGUGUCACUGGUGUCUCUUUGUGAAAAUGGCUCCUAUGAGGAACUGAGAGAAACUGAAGCACCCCAGCCUGCCAGACUCCAUAAAAUAGCAAAUGUUGACCCUGUUUUUGUAAUAACUUCCAAUACCAGAAGGGUAGACGAAGGUCCAAAGUGUUGAAGUUCAUAGAAAGAUGUCAAAAACAGAGACCAGAUUCUCAAAAUAAUGAUCCAGGGACACAAAUUCAAUGUGUGCUAGUUAGCUAGCUAGUGAACAUUAGCAAUCUCUUUAACAUGCUAACUAGCACACGCUAGCCUAACUUCCCAACAAGCUAGCUAAUGAGCAUUAGCUAUAUACCUAACAAGCUAUCUAUGUGAUUCAUGAUGUAAAUUAUAUAUAUUUUAUUGAACACCCUAUGGUUAAACGUAGUCUACCCUUCUGGAAGUAAGAUCAAUUAUAAAAUCCUCCAACAAAAGCACACAUUCUGUAAUAUGUGUUAUUUGGUUGAUUAAUCACAUGUUGGGAAUCUUAAUUGUUCCGUUCUUGCCUGAAAAAGUGUUCAAUUGAGUAACAGCUUAUCAAAAACAGGUGUCUUUGGCCAGUUAAGGUUGAUAAAGAGGGUGACACUGAGCAAAGUAAUACACUUCUGGUCUAAAACUGAAGUUUAAACGCAGAGUAAGCCAACGUGGAAGCUCCCUACAGCUUGGAUAUAGCGAGGUGUUUCUUUUUAUUGGAUGAUGGAUGAUGUUUCUGAUGGCCCAUAUACUAGACAUGUUUGCAUGGCAGUCAGUCCUAUACACGAGCAAAUGUAAAUAAAAAGGGAAUAUGUUGGUUAGAGUAUAAUAUGCAAACUCUUUUGCUUAACCGAAGACUGUAUAGUCUUAAAGCAAACAUCUCAACUCAAAGGUUUUGCUCGUUUUGUUCUCGGACACAAUGUAAAGUCAGUGUCUUUUAUAAAUGCUCACAUAAGAGAGCCAAAGAAAAGGCUGUGCAUUUACCUCAGCUUGAAGAUGUGAAGAAACACCAUGUAUGUGUCUAAUUUUAUGCUGUGACAUGAAUGUGAAUGUGUGUCUGUCGUUAUUGUGUGUUUGUUAAUGUGUCGACAGUAUUUCCCCCUAAUGUCUGGGGACCGAAGUGAAGCUAUUUGUCGCAAAAGCUAAUUAAUGUGAUGUUGUUAUCAAAAGGGGAAUGUACAAUUGGAUAAUAAAGUGUUAUCUGCUCAUG